CCCGUAGGGGGAACUCUGGCUGUUCAAAUUGGCUUUUUGCGUGUCUGGUAGCUGCGCGGGUUAGCUGCUUGCGGGUGGAGAAGGACGCCAACCAGAGCAGUUGUCAUCUCUGCCAAACAAAUUGGUGAAAAAGUUAAGUUCAAAUCAAAGCAAUGUGAUUUGUUGCAGUAAAAAAAUUGCUGCGGAGUGAGAAAUAUGCAGACCAAAGGGAGUCUCUUUGUUCAAGUAAGGGAAUCCUUCUCCAUUUCUGGUUUUUCUUAGGGUUUCUAUGCUCCACUGGAAUGGUCCUGAGAGGAUAAGGUUGCAGUGGGAGCGAGGUUUUACGGCUUCUGGCUGGCCUGCGCUGUGGAAUUUUGUCGCAAGCUGAGUUUUGAUAUGGUAUUGGGGCGGAGAUAGGUUUUGGUUUUUUUGCAAGCUUGUGGAAGGAGUUUCGUCGGAAAUGUGGAUUCUGUUCUUCGUUGUUCUUGGUGUGAGGUUGAAUUUCUGCUUUGGAUUUUGUUUCUGAGACUGUGAAAGCUUGCUCUGUUUCACUUUAAUGUGCGAUAGUGGGGAUUUCGCUUUCUUGUUCUUGUGGUGGCAUGGUUUGUGGGGUUUCGAAGUUUAGUUAAGUUCGUAUGGAGAUGAGAGGGUUUUUUCUGGUCUUUUGGUCCCGCUGGAUGCUAUGCCUGCUGCCAAUGAUGUCUUGGUUGGAUGUGAGUUCUUCCAAUCUUUCGCCCUCGGGUAUAAACUAUGAAGUUGUCGCAUUGAUGGCCAUAAAAAUGGAGCUCAACGACCCCUACAAUGUCCUGGAGAAUUGGGACAUCAACUCGGUGGAUCCAUGUAGCUGGAGGAUGGUGACUUGCUCUGCUGAUGGAUUUGUUUCUGCUCUGGGUCUUCCCAGCCAAAGCUUGUCGGGGAAUUUAUCACCUUGGAUUGGGAAUAUAUCGAAUUUGGAAUCUGUGUUGCUGCAGAACAAUGCAAUUUCAGGACCUAUUCCUUCUACUGUUGGAAGGCUAGAGAAGCUUCAGACUUUAGAUCUUUCCAAUAAUCAUUUCUAUGGCAGCAUUCCUGACUCCUUGGGAGGUCUGACAAAUCUGAAUUACCUGAGACUGAAUAACAACAGCCUUUCCGGGCCUUGCCCAGAUUCAUUAUCUAAUAUCAAAGGCCUCACUUUGCUGGAUCUUUCAUUCAACAAUCUCAGUGGUCCAUUACCGAAGUUAUUUGCAAGGACAUUCAAUAUUGGUGGAAAUCCUUUAAUUUGCUCAAAAAACUUGGGGAAUCGGAGUAGCUGUUCGUCCUUGUCUUUGAAUCCCAUUUCUUAUCCUCCGGAUGAUCUAAAGGGCAUCUUGGAUUUCUCAGCCCAGUCGCAUCACAGAGCCAUGAGAAGCCGUCAGAUAAUCAUUUUGUUUGCUGCGAGUAUUGGAUCUCUUCUCUUUGUGUUACUUUUGGUUAUGCUUAUUUGGUGGCACCAUCGAUGCAAUCGGCAAAUUUUCUUUGAUGUGAAUGAACAAUAUGAAUCUGAAGUAAGAUUGGGCCAUUUAAAACGAUAUUCUUUCAAGGAGCUUCGAAUAGCUACCAAUCAUUUUGAUUCGAAGAACAUAUUAGGGAAAGGGGGAUACGGAAUUGUUUACAAAGGAUGCUUGCGGGAUGGGACUCUAGUAGCCGUUAAAAGACUGAAAGAUUACAAUGCAAUUGGCGGAGAAGUCCAAUUUCAAACAGAAGUUGAAAUGAUUAGUUUGGCCAUUCAUCGGAAUCUUCUUAGACUUUACGGGUUCUGCACAACGGAAAAUGAGAGAUUGCUCGUCUACCCUUACAUGCCAAAUGGAAGCGUUUCUUCUCAACUAAGAGAACACAUUCAUGGAAGGCCAGCUCUAAGCUGGUCAAGGAGGAAAGGCAUAGCACUGGGAACCGCAAGAGGAUUGCUUUAUUUGCACGAGCAAUGCGACCCGAAAAUAAUUCAUCGAGACGUAAAAGCCGCCAAUAUUCUCCUCGAUGAAGGUUUUGAGGCGGUCGUCGGCGACUUUGGGUUGGCAAAGCUUUUAGAUCAUCGAGAAUCGCAUGUUACAACGGCCGUGCGAGGAACGGUUGGUCACAUAGCACCAGAGUACUUGUCCACCGGCCAAUCAUCGGAGAAAACCGAUGUCUUUGGGUUUGGCAUUCUUCUUCUCGAGUUGAUUACAGGUCAGAAAGCAGUAGAUUUCGGACGAGCUGCGAAUCAGAAAGGAGCGAUACUUGAUUGGGUAAAAAAGCUCCAUCAGGACAACAACCUAAGCUUGAUGGUGGACAAGGACCUGAAGAACAACUACAACCAGAUCGAGCUGGAGGAAAUGGUUCAAGUUGCUCUCCUUUGCACCCAAUACAAUCCUUCCCGCCGGCCGAAGAUGUCCGAGGUGGUCCGAAUGCUCGAAGGAGACGGCCUCGCGGAGCGAUGGGAGGCCUCGCUGAAGCUCGACACGCCCAAAUCUCGUUCUGCAGAGCAACCUCAGCCAAAAUAUUUGGAUUUUGUCGAAGAAUCGUCGCUCGUGGAAGCCAUUGAGCUUUCAGGCCCCAGAUGAUGAUGAUACAGAGGCAUAUAUAGCUUUCAAUUGUAGAAAGGUUUGAUUUUUUUUUGUGUUUUGAAGUUUAGUUUUUGGCUUUUUGGCAAGGGAAGUUGGUUGUGUGGUUUUUGAUAGGAAGAUACUUUGGCUUCAAGAUUAUAUUCUUGUUUUGUACAAAAGGGACUUCGCAGAAAUGAAUUUUGACAGAUUUUUAUGCU